AUGCUACCUGCAGCAGGCGAUGAACCAAAGUAUUCUCAGAUGUAUAUUUUUGACACGGCCAAUGAAGUGAAGAACAGAGUAAAGUCGGUCACCAGAACGGAAUCAUCGACUUCCCUUGACGAGGAAACCGUUUCUGGAUUGAUGGAGAUGCUUGACAGCACAAGUGCGCUCACUAAAAUAUAUAGAGCCGCCAGAGAUCGUUACGAGCUUCACAAACCUACGGAGUUGUCUAUAAGAUUGGUGGCCCAAAGGCACCGUGGGAAGCAAUAUGAUUUGCCAACCUCCGAUGAAAUAGCUGGACUAAUUGUAGGUGAUCUAUCUUCCACAACAGGGGGUAGAGAUGUCAUCGUCCAUCUCCAAUCAGAUGACCUUCAAAGAAUAACCGAGUUACAUCCACUUUACAUGGCUCUACAAUACCCUUUGUUGUUCCCAUACGGCGAAGAUGGUUACCAUCCAGAUAUACCAUAUGCAUCUAGAACACAUAGGAAGGCUAUCAAAAGGGAAUUUGUCACCAUGCUAGAGUUCUACGCUUAUCAAAUACAAACAAGAUUAUUACAAGGGGAUAGUGAUGCCAUUAAAGUGGGAUGCAGAAUAAUACUACCUUCAUCUUUCACUGGAGGCCCAAGAUAUAUGGCACAAAAUUACCAAGACGCGAUGGCAAUUUGUAGAACAUUUGGGAAUCCCGACUUAUUCAUCACCAUGACGGCAAACCCGAAUUGGGAAGAAAUCAAAGAGCAUCUGCAAUGUUGCGGUAAUUUUAUGCCCAAUGACCGACCAGAUCUUGAAUCUCUUGUUUUUAAGAUGAAGUUAGAAGCUCUGGUGGCUGAUCUUUGGGAUGGGGAUUUCUUCGGCGAGGCCAAAUCAAGGCAAAAACCAGUUCGAAAUAAUAAUACUAAUGCUCCUAAAAUUCAUAUUGCAGUUGUAUACACCAUCGAGUUCCAAAAGCGGGGCUUGCCUCAUGCGCAUAUCUUGGUGUGGCUGAGAGAUGAUAUGAGGAAUCCCACCAACACAGACAUAGACAAAAUAAUCUCCGCUGAGAUCCCAGAUGAGAACAAUGAUCCUGAAGGUUAUCAAUUGGUCGAGCAGUUUAUGACGCAUGGUCCAUGUGGCAAAGAUAAUCCAAAUUUGGGAGUUGACAAGGCGACCAUUGUUGUAGGAAGGAAAAAAGGAACUACUGGAGAAGCUGGUUGCAGCAACCAAAAUAUCGAAGACAUAGACGAGAUAAGAAAGUAUCAAGAAUGCUGUUAUCUAUCAGCAUGUGAGGCUAUGUGGCGCAUCUUUGCCUUCGACAUUCAUUAUAGCAAACCAGUCGUACAACGCCUUACUUUGCAUUUACGGGACCAACAACCUGUUACAUAUAGUGCAGACCAAAGUCUUGACAGCGUAAUCUCACGGCCUGGUAUUGACAUAACCAUGUUCACAGAGUGGAUGAAGAUGAACGAAACAGACCCUUUCGCACGUACAUUAACAUAUGCUCAAUUCCCACUAUGGUAUGUGUGGAAUACAACCCCAAAAACGUGGACAAGAAGAAAGCAAGGUCACACCAUCGGCAGGAUUGUCAACAUCCAUCCAACAGUAGGUGAGCUGUACUACUUGAGACUGCUUCUAGGCGCGGUCACAGGACCAACAAGUUAUGACGAUAUAUUAACUGUCGAUGGAAUCAUUUACGAUGACUUCAAAGGUGCGUGUUUGGCCAGGGGUAUGCUUGAUGGAGACAAAGGAUGGGUAGAAGCAUUAGAGGAAACUCGUCAGUGGGGUUUCCCAUGCCAGUUGCGUAGUCUCUUUGUCACACUCUUAAUCUAUAGUUAUGUUAGCAGCCCAUUGAAUUUGUGGAACCACUCUUGGCUGUAUAUGGCAGAGGAUAUUGAGCACACGCAACGACAAAAACUGAAACUCACCAAACUCCACCUCACAGAGGAGCAGCUAAAGAACUACACAUUGCUAGAGAUUGAGAAAAUCCUGCAGCAACACGACAAAACACUGUCAGAUUUCCCAGACAUGCCUAUGCCAGACAAAGAGCUGAUGAAAGAGCUGAAUAAUUCAUAUCUUAUGGAAGAGAAAGGUUACGACAAAGACGAACAACAAACAGAGCAUGAUCGUUUAUUUGUGAGUUUGAAUGACGAACAGAGAUUGGUCUUCCAUGCAGUGAUGGACUCCAUUGAAAAUGGAGACGGAAGAUUCUUCUUCCUUAAUGGACCAGGGGGACUGGCAUUGCAGCUUUGCUUCUCCCAGGAGGGCGCACAACCAACUCAAGGAUCGAUGCUUGCUGAACUGUUAAGGAAAACAGAUUUGAUCAUUUGGGAUGAGGCACCAAUGACUCAUCGUUUUGCAUUUGAGGCGGUUGACAGAUCAUUGCGGGAUCUUCUUGCGGAAGAUGAUCCCAAAGCAAUGCACAAACUCUUUGGGGGGAGGGGGGGGGAAGACGGUAUUACUUGGUGGCGAUUUCAGACAAAUCUUACCCGUUAUAUCAGGAGGCAGUCGUCAAGACACGGUCUUAGCAACAAUAAACAGAUCAUAUAUGUGGGAUUCAUUGGAUACUUCAAGUUGAGGACAGAACAGCGCCAAAAAAAAAAAAAUAGAGAUAGCUACGAUGAGGUUGACGACAUCAAAAUUAAUGGAAAACUACUCCUACAAAACGGCGAGAAACAGAUUGCACAAUUAGCGACUGAUGUAUAUCCGGAUUUCAAGACUUCGUAUCUAGACCGAGAAUACAUUACAAAGAGGGCGAUUCUAACUCCAAAGAAUGACACUGCUCACGAACUGAAUAUGUUUCUCCAAGACAAAAUCCCAGGUGACGCAAAGGAAUAUUUGAGUGCAAACAGUAUAGAGAUGGAUGGGGAUUCAAACGACUCAGAUGAACUGCUAUACCCUGCAGAAUUUUUGAACUCCCUCAAAAUAUCAGGUUUGCGAGAUCAUUGUUUGAAACUAAAAAUAGGGUCUCCAGUUAUGCUUAUACGGAAUCUGAAUCAGAAAGAAGGAAUUUGCAAUGGAACCAGGCUAAUAGUGACACGAUUGGGAACUAGAGUAAUUGAAGCAGAGAUCUUAACUGGUACAACAGUUGGUAACAAGGUGGUCAUCCCAAGGAUAAUACUAUCUCCACCUGAUCAGAAGUGGCCAUUCAAAUUAAAAAGACGACAAUUCCCUCUACGUUUGAGCUACGCAAUGACUAUUAAUAAAAGUCAAGGCCAAAGUUUGGAACAAGUUGGCAUAUAUUUACCAAAACCCAUUUUCAGUCAUGGACAAUUGUAUGUGACGCUAUCACGAGUAACAUCAGAAGGAGGAUUGAAGGUCCUUAACAUGGAGGAGGAGGCAACACAUACAAUUAAAAACAUUGUAUACAAAGAAGUAUUCAACAACGCAACCACAUAUAGGUGA